AGAGAGAGAUUGCUUUUUCAUCCUCGAUUGUCAACUUUAUUUUAUCCUACUCAAAGGUUCCAUUGACGGACUGUGAAGGUUCUAAAGACUAUUUUGGUCAGUAUGCUCUCUCUCUCUCUGGCCCAAGGGAAUUGAUAAAAGAAAAAAGAAUAUCUGUGCCUCUUUCGCACGGCUUCUUUAUGAAGCCAUUGCCAUUCUAAGUGGAAAACAUUCUUCUGCUUCUUUUUGCAUCGGGGUUUGCUUCACCUUCAAUGUUUUGCUUUUCGUUCCUACUAUGAUCGCACCCAAAUCCUGUCAUCGUCGGAGCCUGCUGAGAUUGCUGCUGAUUCUGGAGAAAAGGGCAAGAAGGUGAAUGCCUCUACAACCCUGUUCUCAGCUCGGAGAACACAGUAAAAGAUUGGAGGUUCUGGUAUUUGUAUCUGCUUUUGGAAUUUGAUACUGGGUUCACUUUGAAGCGUCCUUUUCAUUUUUUGCUGCAUCUGAAUGUUUGAAUUUGGGUCAAAGGGUGUCAAAUCCUGUAGAUAAUUUUGCUCGAGAUAAAGAAAAAAAUUCUCUAAUUUUGGAUUGUAUGAUAAAUUAAAGCAAGAGUUUCUCAUUUGAUGCUUUGACUAAUGCUUCUGGGGCUUGUGUAAUCUAUAUAUAUGGGAGUGGGUGUUUGUAUCGGGGACUAAUUGAAGUGGGUCUGUUUGUUCAUUGGUUUGAAAUGGGUUUUACGCAUCUGGGUUUUCGUUUCUGACUGUGAAAUUGAGGUGCCUGUCUCUUUGAUGAAUUCAGUUCUGCUUUGAGAGAGCCCCUAGAGUCUAGACACCGCUGUGUUUGAUUGGAUUUGCAUUAAUUAUCUCUCUUUCUUCUUCAAAUUAUGAUCAAGCAAAUACUCGGUAGGCUUCCCCGGAAGCCAUCUAAGUCAGGUGAGAAUCGUGAAUUUGGGGGAUCAUCUGAUCCUUCUUCAAAUACUUCCGUCAGUUCAAGAAGCAGUGACCUUCUGAAUAAUAGGCCGGUAAGUUCGAAUAGUACAAACCUUCUAGGCACUGACUUGGCUCCAAACUCAGGAUAUAGUUCUGGAAAUAAACUUUCCCACGCUGUGAACCCAAAAUCCAAUGGCAAUUUUGUAACUGGCCCUUAUGAAGCAUUGCCCGGAUUCAGGGAUGUCCCCAGCUCUGAGAAGCAGAACUUGUUUAUCAGAAAGCUGAAAUUGUGUUGUGUUGUCUUUGACUUCGCUGAUCCAACAAAGAACCUGAAAGAAAAAGACAUCAAGCGGCAGACAUUGCUUGAGCUGGUGGAUUAUGUUACUUCUGCAAAUGGGAAGUUUACUGAAACUGUUAUGCAGGAAGUCAUAAAGAUGGUCUCUAUGAACUUAUUUAGGUCACUCACUCCACAACCCCGUGACAACAAGGUUUUAGAAGCUUUUGAUUUGGAAGAGGAGGAACCUUCGAUGGAUCCUGCAUGGCCUCACUUGCAAAUUGUGUAUGAAUUUCUUCUGAGGUUCAUUGCAUCUCCCGAGACAGAUGCAAAGUUGGCCAAAAGGUACAUUGAUCACUCUUUUGUUCUCAAGUUGCUAGAUCUCUUUGAUUCUGAGGAUCCCAGAGAGAGGGAGUAUCUGAAAACAAUUCUACAUCGGAUUUAUGGAAAGUUUAUGGUGCAUCGCCCAUUUAUUCGGAAAGUGAUCAACAACAUCUUCUUCAAUUUUAUUUUUGAAACAGAGAAGCAUAAUGGGAUUGCCGAGCUUUUAGAAGUUUUGGGUAGUAUAAUCAAUGGGUUUGCUCUGCCACUGAAAGAAGAACACAAGUUAUUCCUUGUUCGGGCUCUAAUCCCUCUUCACAAACCAAAAUGCUUACCGAUGUACCAUCAACAGUUAUCAUACUGCAUUACGCAAUUUGUGGAGAAAGACUCCAAGCUUGCUGACACUGUCAUAAGGGGUUUACUAAAAUACUGGCCUAUCACAAAUAGUUCGAAGGAAGUCAUGUUCCUAAGUGAGCUGGAGGAAAUUUUAGAAGCAACCCAGCCAGCUGAAUUUCAACGAUGUAUGGUACCCUUGUUCCGCCAACUCUCCCGUUGCUUAAGUAGCUCACAUUUUCAGGUGGCAGAGAGGGCUUUGUACUUGUGGAACAAUGAUCACAUAGAGAACUUAAUCAGACAAAACCGUAACAUUAUACUGCCCAUCAUCUUCCCUUCCCUGGAGAAAAAUGGUCGUAACCACUGGAAUCAGUUGGUUCAAAGCUUGACGCUUAAUGUCCGCAAGAUCUUCUCUGAUGCAGAUCCUGGUUUGUUUGAGGAAUGCCUGCGCCAGUUUGAGGAAGAUGAAUCGAAAAUGGAGGAGGCACAGAAAAAACAUGAAGCCGCAUGGAAGCACUUAGAAGAUAUUGCUGCAGUGAAAGCUGCAAGUAGUGAAGCACUUGUUCCAUGCCUGAGACCGAACCAAACAUCUUCGAGCUAGUGCUACGGUCUACAUUUUAUCAAUCGGUGUUGGAGCAUUAGUGGUUAAUGGGCUUGAAGAGAUUGGAUGCUCAUGGAUUGUGGUCUAAACACCUGACACCACUAUACAGCACUGGAGUCCAUACAUAGUUAUGGAAUUCGCACCAGAUUCUGUAUGCGGGUUACACUGCAAAUUUAAGUUAAAAGGCUCCACUCCACUUUUGCAAUACAGGAGACCUGCUUUAUCAUAGUUGAUAUUUAAAUUGUUGAGACGAAGUUGAAGAUCAAAGGUAAUUUACACAGUUGGACUUCAUUUUAUUGAGUUCCGAGAUACUUAUCGAACUAGUCAAUUUCAUUUCUGUAUGUGCAUGUAAUAUGUAAUAUAUUUAUAUAUAUAUAUUUAUUGAUUGAUCUUAUAGAACACUUUCCAUCA